AUGACGUCGUUGUUCAAGCAGCUUGAAGCUCUUUCUGUUAAGCCUAACAAGGCUUACAGCCGCUUCCGCAGGUCGUAUGCAAGCAAGGAACACUAUACCCGCGUCUUGGUCUGCGAGAGUUGGGAGUUCAUGUUGGCACAAGAUGCGACCAUUGUGGAGUGCGAGGUUCUAUUCCGCAGCUGUCUAUCGGAUCCCAGCCAGGCGGCCGUGGCAGCGAUGGCCGCCCGGUCUGCAAUGGCUGCCGCAGAGUCUUCAGAUUCCGCGGAGGUUGAAAUGGCGGACACAACCACAGGACCCAGUUGGCAGGAUAAGGAGAUCGAAUUCAUGGUUGAAUCUGAAUUCCUGGAAUGCCAGCGUAUGUUGCAGCUAUUUCUAGACCUAAGCACGCCGUGGCUCCUGCACGAGCAAUGCCAAAACCUGAUCGACUUUUUGAUAUACCAGUACGAGCUGGCGAGUAGGUUCGGAGAGAUGUUACUGCUGGCAAUACUGCCGAUUCACGAGAGCGCUUACUUCGUCAAGGUUGCGGAAAUGGUGACCUUGCCUGACGGGAGUGAGUUCUCGUACUACAUCCCGGCGAAGGCACCUGCGGCUAAAUCUGCUGAGAUCGGUAACGCUGAAGCGCCCAAAGUGCGCGUAGGCGUAUCUCGUGACACGAUCGUGGCGGGAACAGUGCGUUCAUUCAGCAACUAUCGGCGCAUCAGCGAGACCGUGGAGCGGCUGGCUUUGGUACGUCAGCGUGCCGGGACCUAUGUACCCCUCUACACGGUGUUGAGCGUUGCAUUUAUCGAGCAAAACCGCGGGAAAAUAGGCGACAGUGAGAUCCGUCUGCUUCUUAACAACGUGUUUUCUGGUUUGAAGCGCCCCGAUGCCUCCGCGUAUUACUCGGCGCAGCUGUGCACCUUAACUGUGCUUUUCUGCACGGUGACGGUUACCAUAUCGGUACAGCGCACCGUGGUCACCUGCAUGCUUAACCCGCUUCUGUCUGAGCUGCGCGACUCGGACUCGCCGCCUUUUGAUAUACGAAUGAAGUUGAAAGAUGCUAUUCUGGUGCUGCUUGGGAUGCUGCACCAACAGAAGGAACGGUUGGACUCGCUUCCGAUAAACACAACACAGUUGUUGCUGGCAGUGCUCCACAAAUUCCCCGCCUUGGUCAACGUGUUUCGUGGCAUCGGCGGUUCCGGUGAGGCCUUGGAUUUUUCACGCUUAUGCAAGGUGCUGACAGUGUCUGUGGUGAAAGCUUCCAAGCCGUCCGCUAAAGCCGCGCAGUCUGCCGAAUCGGCUAACGAUGUAGACCUCAUCAAGUGCGCGAUCGACUUCUUCAUGCGCCUGGACUACUCUAUUUUGUACGUAAGGGUAAUGAUGUACACUCUGAUUGACGACCUGGUGAUGUUUUCACUGUCUACCUGUCGUCAGGGUGAGGCUCUUUUCCAGUGGGAUCCCGCCACCAUGAAGGGCUCAUUGAACACGCACCACAGCGACACGUUAUCAGUCUACGGUCGUUUCUUCAGCGAGCUGCAUGCAGCAUCUCCCGCUGUGUUUGACGAUGUUUUGCAGCGCACGCUGCAGUCCACGAAUCGAUCGCCCGAGAUGCUAUCGGUAUUCCUGCUGAUCUGCCAUAGCGUGAGUGGCGGGUGCCCAUUGCACUUUACCGUUUUGGUCCACAAGUGCUCGGGCAAGAAGUUGCCGACAGGUCCAUCUGAGCUGCCAAAAUCGGUUGCUGCGCACAAUCUGGGAUCAACGGUAGUCUUGUACACGGACCCCAAUCUGCCGUCGAAGUCACGUGCACAGCUUUAUGGGAUGUUGUCGGCCAUUGUGAAUGCAGAUGUGCUCUCCACGGUGGACCACGGUGCCCUAUGCGAGUUUAUCCGCGUGAGCGUAUCAGAUCCGCAAUGCAUUCCGCUCUUAUACAGGGAUACAAGGCUUUUGUCAUUGCUGCCUUCGUCUGCGGUUACGAGAGUACUCAUAUCGCAAAUCGGAUGCUUGCUCACAGGUUCCGGCUUGUCAUUCAGCGCGCCUGCCUCUUUAAAGGUGAAGCCCAAGAGUCACAUGCCCGCAAUGGAGCCAUUUUACAGUAAGUGUUUCGAGGUGUUGAGCCGCGAUUCUCCUGCUUCUAGGCAGCUCUUGUUUGCGCUGUCCCUGUUCACCGAUUUCUACGGCCGUGCUGCCAUUGAUGAGCGAGAGAAUAUGCAACAGGCAUCGUACCACUUCAUGCGCCUUAUGCACGUCAUAUCCAGAAACGCUAAGCAUGCUAAAUCGGCGAAAAAGAGCGGUAAGAAUUCUGACGCGAGUGACUCUGCUGCAAGCGAGCAUUCGGAGGAUGCGACGUCGACUUCAGGAUCCUCUGAUGCCCAUAAUGCCGGAUCUAGUGACACAGUCAGUGAUACAAACGAUUCGGCUGCGAUUCCGGCACCUUCGUUGAAAACUAUUUGUGACCAUUACUUCGGCGACUCCCAUUCUCACGAAGGCCGAGACUACUGUUCAACGAUGUCUCUGUUGUUGGGCAUUUUGGAUUCUAUGGUGCAGCUUUCCACCGCGACUACGUAUGUAAACACUUCUUCGGGUGAAGAUACGUCUACCAUCGGUGCAACGCCAAUCUCCUUCGGCAAUGACACAGUUUGGUUUAACGAGUGGCUCGUAUGCUAUGGGCUGUAUGAGUCGUCCGAGUUGCUCAGUUCGGCAUUGAAACCAUCUUCAUCGUCGAGUGGCAAUUCAAAGGCUGAAAACAAUGCCGAAGAGGCGUCGGAAACCGACGCUUCAUCUAAAAGCAACAAAGGGUCGCACCCGGAUAUCACCCUAUCAGCCGAAGAGUUGCGACAGCUAUUUUCGUUGAGUGAGGUUGUUUUAUGCUACGCCAUAAAACUGCACCGAGGUUCAGUGCUGUUGGGAGAGUUGACGAACUUCUUUGCGCAGUGCCACUUCAAGAUGCUCACACUGUGUUCCAUCUCUGUGCCACGUUCGGUUGAUGUUCGCGGAGAGUCUAACCCUGCAGAAUGCAACGAUUUCCCCGAUGCGGCCUUCGACCGUGAUGCUCUGCUACUUCACACGAUGCUAACGUUGUCCAGUGAGGAAUUCACUGCCCAUUUCAAGGAAGCUUUAUCAACAGCCCCCAAGAGCGUCUUGUCGCGUGUUCACUUGUGGCUGAAGCACUACUUCGAAUUCAGCCAUCUGGCACGCAGCAUGGAGCAUCGCCCAGGCCUUCAUCUAGAUCUUUACGGCAGCAUCCUGGAGAGCCAGGUGGAGGUGAACCGGUCGAAAAUGACGGUUGCCUUCCGUGGAGUUAUCGGCGACGUAUUUGCAUUGGGACCCUCCAUGGUGGCGGAGAUGCUGGACGGCAAAACCGAUUUGAUCUGGCCUCCGCAGGAAACUUCUGAACCUCAGGAAGAUGAUGUCGGUACUCUGCACAUCCCGUACGUGUCCCUGUCGGAGUUGGACGGGAUCAUGAAGAUGUAUGGUCGGUGCAUGGAUGUCCUGUCGCAUGUGGUUUGCGAGUCGUUGCGUGUAAAGGCCUUUAACAACUCGUGCUUGAUGAUCGACGUUCUGGUUAACUCUCUAGCAUUUCUGGUUGACAAGGAGCACCUAGUCCGCAGACCUGCAGUCCUGAUGCUUUCACGUGUCAUGCAAUGCUACGUGGACACCCCAAGCAAGUCACACGCUCGUUUCGUCACUGUCUGUGGAUAUCACCUAUGCCCUGAGUUCAACAUCGCUAUUGCCGGUUUGGAGUACCCCUUCAAAGGUUUUGACAAAACUCUAAGGAAGCUCUGCAGCGGGCUCCUCGAGAACAACGCGCCGUUCCCGAACGUCAUGUUCGUCAACCAGCUGUUCAGCCACUGCUCAGGUGAACCCGUGAUACUCUCGCUGCUGCUAUACGGCUGCGUUUUCAGUGGCACAUCGUUGCAGUUCAAUGUCGAUGUAUUGCGGCGGAUUGGCGCCAACUUGUCAUCAGAUCACGGAGCUGACGUUUUCUGCACAGCGCUUGCGGGACUUCUGCAAUUCGUAAAAGAUUACAAGAUCAGUUCACCGACUGAUCUUAGCGUGUUGCGACGUUUCCUGCUUUGCUUCGCAUCUUCCGCUUCCAGCGUUGCAGUAUCUGGCUUGCAUGGAAAGGCAGGAUGCUUCGCCUCGACAGUUUGCCCAGCCGUCCUGGAUAACUUAACCACAAUGAUGCAAGGCCUAUCUGGUAUGGGCGAGCCAUUGCAAACGGAUAUUGACAUAAUACGCAAGGUUUGCAGUUUCUGCGCAGGUGUAUGCAUGUCCACUUUAUCCGAAGGCGCAUUCUGGUCAGUCAAGGGUGAAGUGCAGACCAGGUUAUUGGAGUCGUUUGAUCGUGCCUUCGGCACUAUGGAAGCAUCCGCUCGACUCUUGUGUCUGCGUUAUUUAACAUCGGAUUACAACAAGAGCAAGAACGCUGUGAAGUCCGUGGUGUCUAUCAUCCCGCGCCUGCAGUCAUGCAGCAACCAUUUACAGGAGCUAUUCGUGAUGGGCAUAGUCGACAAUUCCCCCGCAGACCUGUUGCCGGAAGUGUUCAAUGCAGUGUUGCAGCAGGAGAAAUCAUCGAAAGGGUGGUUUAACGUGUCAUUUUUGCUGCUCCAGCGCUACCUGACCCGCGCCGACCUGAAAUCCGACGCGGCGGUUUCGCUGAUUACCAAGGGCAGCUCAUCAUUGCUAGAUGGCAUUGCAAAGGCACACAAGUCUGGAUCACCCCAAACUGCUGCGGGAAGUACCGAAGAAUCGUCAUUGAGUGAGCUCGGACAUGUCGCUGUUUUCAUUAACCAGCUGUACUUGCGCCUCCAACAAAAGUCGGGUUCUUUGGACGUCAAGUCAAUGCACAAAUUGCAUGCUGACGUGUGCCGUUGUUUACGUGCGUUAUGUAAGCGCUGUGGCGCGGCGACUUUCGAAUUUGUUCGUCCAUUCCUUUGCAAGAUGUGCAUUAUUGAGUAUACUCUAUCUUCGUCAAGCGGUGACGAGGCCGAUAAGGGCGACAAUACGACCGACACCGAGUCACAACCAUUGAAGCCGUCGGUUACAGCUAAAGCCGUUACCAAGAGCUGCGCUGCAGUUUGCCACUUGCUGAUGCAAGUAUUCGAGUCAGACAGGAGCGCGACGGCCACUUUACAAUUUGCAGAAUUGUGUACGGUCUUCCCCUCUAGCACCAGCGCCGCAUACAAUCAAGGACUUGGCGAUAUGUCGAGAAAUGCUACACGUGGCAGCUCUGGACCUGAUAUGUCGUUCGCUUAUGAUGAGUGGCUUUGCUACGCCCUCUACAGCUGCAUCUGCAUAUGUCGUCUGGAUGCGUCAUCACCUGCGGUUGCACGCUGUGUUGAGUUGUUGAAGUCGUCAAGCGACCCCGUUGGCGUGCUUUCAACGCUGGUGCUCACUGCAGUGUCAGCUAGCGCUGAAGAAGAGCCACGCUUCCCAAGUUGGAUUCCCCAUUUGGACGUGCGAAGUCUCGGCAUGGGCAAGCAUCUGGACAGCUCUUCUAAGCUUGGAUUGGCGUGUGAUAUGCAAAGUUUCGUGCAUCAGAUCGUGGUGCAGUCCGCGGAUCUAUUCGAGGUAGCCAUCGAUGCAUUGAGCUUCAAUGACCUCAAGUCACCGGAGCAUCGGAGAUACCAGUCGGUGUCUCUGCUGUUGCAAUCCCUCAGCAUCUCCAUGGUAUGCUUCAAAGACGUGGGAUCGGAUGCAACGUUAUCCGGUGUGAAUAAGAAGAAAAAGGGCCUCAUGGGUGUAUGUGCUCCAUCUACCGAUGCAUCAGACAGUGCCGACCCCUCAUCAACGUCUAUUCUGAAGAAGUCUGGUGAAAUCAUGCGGCUGGUGUAUGCGGCCAAUCCGGAAGAGAACUAUCCACGUUUGGCCCUGGGCGCCUUGUCGUUUUUCUGGUGCAAGGAUCGUAUGUCGUCGCCGUCCGAUAAUUUCUGGAACGCUGCGUGCGGCAUCGAUUUCAUGAAGCAACCAUGGGUAUGCGACUACGUAUCAGUCGCUCUAGGGUAUAUAAGCAAAAGCAUCGGCAAUAAGUUCGGAUUAUCCACGAAGCCUCCCAUGUCAUCGGCAGCUGCUGCAUACAGCAAAGAAUUAUCCAUUGUGCUGGCCAGGUUGGCUAGGGUCCUUUCCGACUUCUUGAUGGCUACUGAUGCGUGCAUUCUGUCCAAGAAACACGAUGAUGCGCUGCAGUUGCUCAUUGGCCGAUCCCGCAAGAGUGCCUGGAGAACGCUUAUCGGUUUGUGCUAUGGCCUGUCAGGAGACUGGGUAUUGCACGGAUUCGCUUUGGCUCGGUCUCGUGUCGAGCUGCUGCUGCAGCUGAAAUCGUUCAACCACUACGUGGUAUUGGAUUUCGUGAACGCUGUGAAGCUCUGUGUCCGUUUGGUUGCGUGCGGUGAGGUGAAAGAUGAAAGCUUCGACAUUCAGCUAGUGCACAGUUUGUCGUCUUCGCUGGCUAAAUUGACAGCGCAGCUGGUAGAACGCUAUCUUGACAACGCGUCACUGUCCGCCUGCGUAUUGGGCCUUAUGUUGCUUCUCAGGCGCAGGUUUGGAAAAGCCACGGGCGACGAACUGCUUGAGGCUAUCAUGAACCUGUUGGUGUUCUUCAGCAGCCCUACCCCGGUGGAAGAGCGCUUUGCGCUCCCCGCUGAAGAGGAGUUGCUUACCGACCGCAAGCUGGCCAGCGUGUGCUCUGACAUUUUUGAGGACCUGCUCCAAUGCAACUCUGACAAGGUCUCCAAGGCCAUUGUGGCCGCUUCUGACAAGGUCAUCCUAAGCAAGGCCACGCCGGUACGCAUGGCAACCUUACUCUCGUUCUACGCAAGCGUGAGCUGCAAAUACUACGACAUGCUACGCCUGGUGCUGGGUCUCGACUUCACGCAGGUCCUAUCUGCGAUGCGCGACGGCAGCCGCCUGAUGAGUCUCGUGUCAAUAAGCCUGCAUUACAAUCGCAUAAAAUCAAGAUACGUGGGCGACCUCGAUCGGCUUUACUUUUUGAACGUGAACCUACUGUCCGAAUUCGAAAGCGCGUCUGCUAGUGUAUCGAAUCGCAAGGCCCGUAAGGCCGCCAAGAACAGCGCUCCAGCGGAAUCGGACGUUGCGGCUGGAAGAGAGUCGCUUUCCGGUGAUGUCAUCGCUACACCCUCCGAAGAGAAGGAAGCAAACAACAGUGACUCGUCUGCUUUGGACCCCACCUCCGCAUCCGGUUUGAUGUCGGCAUACUUGGAUGACGCUACCGGACCGCCGCGCUUGGAGCUUUCGUGUCGCCUGUUUAGCGAACCCAAGUUAGAGUUUGGCAGCGAGACAGGCGUUAAAUCCUUCGAGGAUUGCGCCAUAGUUUUCGCCCUACAGUACUUUUCCAAGAUAAGGUCCAGCGACCUUGUGGAGGUGCUGGCUAAGCACAUCGGCGCUCUGAAGAAAUCCGACACAUCGGCCGAUGGCGCAGCGUCACCGUUGCCUAAGGACGGCACGCGUCUACUGCUGCGCAUGAUCGUGGCGGCGCUGAGUGAGUACGGCAGCCUGGGCGCUACACAAUUCGUGCUACCCCGCGUCUACCAGCACCUGAACACGGUGCUCGAUAGCACUAUAGAAGAACUUUGCGCCCCGACCAGCAAAGCUGGGAAGCCGAAGAGCUCGAAGUCUCACGCCAAUUCGGGUGCCAGCUGGAAGGUAUUCGUGAACGGCGUGCUUGCGCUUCGUGCCAUUCGUACAUGUGUGGAGACAUGGGAUUCGAAGCAGGCAUCAGUGCCUGACAUGUGCCUCAACGUCUGGCUGCCGACUCUCGGCAAGGCGCUGGGCGUGUUCGACUUCCUGUCCGGCACUUGGGAGAUGCAGGAAUGGGAGCGCGCUCUGGAGGGCACUUUCUUGCACCUGCUGUUUGCCUGCUCCGGCGACGCCGAACGCAUCGAGCAGGUGCUGUCCGGAGACCUGGUAUCACGGUCCGAGGUUUGCAAGUGCCGCGUGCUCAACAUUUUGCUUUCACUAUGGGGCAAGGCCAACUUCCACCUCGGGGGCAGCGUGGUGAACAUAAUGCCAGUACUGGGCGAGCUCGCGGACGACCAGAGCGAGGAGGUACAGCGCCUCAGCGAACUGCUGAACGAGCGCAUCCAGUCAUUUUUGAACAUGUAG